CACAGCACAGCUUAUGUUUCCUGGCUUUUAGUUCAGAGCUGUGGGAGUUCACAACCUGCACUUACUCCUCGCAGAAUGAAUCGCAUUGUGCUGCUUGCCUUGACUCUUACCUUCCUGGCCACAUUGGUAACUACAGCCAGGUAUCCUUACCAACAGGUCUUGCAGCAUAGCAGGAUUAGAGGCAGGCUCCAUGGCCCUAAUGUGUGUGCAGUACAGAAGAUUAUUGGGUCAAACAAGCAAUACUACACAAACUGCAAGCAGUGGUACCAGAGGAAGAUAUGUGGCAAAUCAACAAUAAUCGCCUAUGAAUGUUGUCCUGGAUAUGAAAAGGUACCCGGAGAAAAAGGGUGUCCUGCAGCACUUCCUCUUUCAAACAUUUAUGAAACCCUGGGAAUUGUUGAGGCAACUACAACACAAAUAUAUUCAGAGAAAGCCAACCUAAAACCUGAAAUUGAGGGUCCUGGCAGCUUUACUAUUUUUGCACCAAGCAACGAGGCAUGGAAAGCUUUGCCGGCUGAAAUAUUAGAUGCUUUAGUGAGCAACGUUAAUAUUGAGCUUCUGAAUGCACUGCGGUAUCAUAUGGUUGACAGACGCCUUCUCACAGAUGAGCUGAAACAUGGAAUUACCAUACCAUCAAUGUACCAAAACCUGGACAUACAUGUGCACCACUAUCCUAACGGUAUUGUUACAGUAAACUGUGCCAGACUUAUAAAGGCUGACCAUCAUGCAACAAAUGGUGUCGUCCAUGUGAUCGAUAGAGUUAUAACAGCCGUGACAAACAAUAUUGCUCAAGUGGUUGAUACCGAGGACAGCCUGGAGACCCUACGAGCUGCUGUAGCUGCAUCAGGACUCAAUGAUAUCUUGGAAACUGAAGAUAAACAGUACACACUUCUUGCUCCCACCAAUGAAGCCUUUGAAAAGGUUUCACCAGAAACACUCAACAGAAUCCUUGGUGACCCAGAGGCAUUAAAAGAUCUCUUGAAUCACCACCUCUUGAACAAUGCCCAGUGUUCAGAAGCAAUCAUUGCUGGAUCUUCUAUUGAAACGCUUGAGGGAUCUCCGUUAGAAGUUGGCUGUCUUGGUGAUGAGCUUACACUCAACGGAAAAGCUAUCAUCUCUCAAAAAGACGUUUUGGCUACCAAUGGAGUUGUUCACUUUGUUGAUGAAUUGUUGAUUCCGGAUUCAGCUAAAACAUUAUCUGAACUGGGGAAAGAUUCAGUUGCCUCUACAGUUAUUGAUCUGUUCAAUCAAGCUGGAUUAGGUUCUCACCUGGCAGUAAAUGAACGUGUCACAGUGAUUGCCCCAAACAACAAUGCAUUUAAAGAUGGAGCACCAACCAUUGACAAAGACAUGACCAAUUUACUUCAGAAUCACAUAAUAAAAGAUCAGCUUUCUUCCAAAUAUCUAUAUCAUGGACAAGUUCUGGAAACAGUUGGCGGAAAAAAACUGAGAGUAUUUGCAUACCGAAAUGCCCUUUGCAUUGAAAACAGCUGUAUAGAUGCACAUGACAAAAAGGGAAGAUAUGGUACUCUGUUUAUUGUUCACAAGCUGUUGACUCCACCAUCAGGAAAUGUAAUGGAUGUUCUUAAAGCUGAUAAUCGCUUCAGCUUAUUGGUGGCAGCAAUCCAGUCUGCUGGACUUACUGAGACACUGAACAGAGAAGGCACUUUCACAGUCUUCGCUCCAACAGAUGAAGCUUUCCGCGCUCUCCCAAGAGGAGAAUUAAACAGACUGUUAGGUAAUGCCAAAGAGCUUUCCAAUCUUUUGAAGUAUCACAUUGGUGAUGAGAUCGUGGUCAGCGGGGCAGUUAGCCAGCUUGUAAGAUUAAAGUCUCUGCAGGGUGGAAAACUGGAAGCCGUCUCGAGAAACUCCACACUGCAUGUCAACAAACAGCGUGUUUCUGAAGCAGACCUGAUGGCAACAAAUGGCGUGGUGCAUGCUAUCAACACUGUGUUACAGCCACCAAAGUCCCAAGAACGAGGAGAUGAGCUGUCAGAUUCUGGGCUUGAUAUCCUGAGACAAGCUGCUGCAUAUUCUAAGGUAUCCCAAAGAAGCACCCGAUUAGCACCUGCAAUUUCCCGGCUCAUGUCUAGAAUGAAGCAAUAAAAGUAAAGUCUCUGGGGUAAAAAACAAGAAGCAGCCAUUGCCAUACGUGUCUCUUUGUUUUUAAAAAAGAAGAACCACAUUGUGUUACAGUACAUUGACUUUGUAAAGUAACUUGAUUUUUUUGUUUUGUUUUGUUUAAAACAUUUCAAAUCUAGCCAAAAUCUCUCAACAGUUAUCCUUGCUCCAGGGCUUGUGUGCUAGAUACACAUGGUGGUGAUCUAAGAAAACAUGCUUGUUAGCAAUAAAGUGUUUGUUUCUUGGGGUGACAUGUAUCUCAUGUUCUAUAGCCAAGAAAUCUUAAAAGAACAGUACCUCUUAAAGUGAAGAAUGUUGCUUGUGUCAUUUUGCUAAGCCGGAUAUAUAUGUGAAAUAACAGACAUAUGCUUUGGAAUUUUAAUGAUUUCC